AUGGCGGCGGCGGCGGCGGGCGGAGCGGCAGAGCGCGCAGCCAUGGCGGGAGCGAGGGGGUUGCUGGCGCUGCUGGCCGCCGCCCUGAUGUUCGCCGGCGCCGUGCUGGGCGCCGAGGACCGCCCGCGGCUCGUGGGGGCCCCGAUCGAUGUCGACGACGCCGACAACGACGAGGGCCUGCAGCGGGCCCUGCAGUUCGCCGUGGCGGAGUACAACAAGGCCAGCAACGACAUGUACUCCAGCCGGGUGGUGCGGGUCAUCAGCGCCAAGAGGCAGAUUGUGUCUGGAAUCAAGUACAUAAUGAAAGUUGAGAUUGCCCGGACAACUUGCCCGAAGCCAGCAACUGAUCUCCAGAGCUGCGCUUUCCAUGACGCGCCGCAGAUGGCUAAGCACACCAUUUGCAACUUCGUAGUGUACACUAUUCCUUGGCUAAACCAAAUUAAACUACUGGACAGUAGCUGCCAAUAAGCCUACCUUGGUUCCAGCAGAGACCAGUAACCAGUUGCUCAGAUUUAAAAGGAAAAAAGCAAUAACACAAUUUGAGAUAGGCUUUAUCAAUGCCUGUUAACUCAACUACUUAUGUAUGCUUGUGCUAUGCAAGUUAAACUAUGUAACUUUCCUCUUAAGCACAGUAUGAUCUCAACUUUGUUUUUCUUCUUUGUAAUUACAUUUUAGGACAGCUGUUUUGGUCUUCCUACAGCUUUCCCAAUAAAGUAAAUCCAACAUCAGAAUUCUGAUUAAAAAAAAUCCCUUUGUAUCCCUGUUAAGUGACUACUGUAAACAUAAAAACUUGAUUAACCAA